ACCCUCUCUCAAUAAUUCAAUAGCCCUUUUUUUUUCUCCAUGCCUUUGCGUAUAGCAGGAUCUUCCUCUCCAGCUCUAGAUUGAUAGGUUCGCGAGAGAAGUUCACGUCCUAGCUGAUAAGCUCAAAUCGAGAAAUCGAAAGAGGAUACCUUUUGAGUCCCGAGGAUGGGAGCUCAAAUCUCUUGGUUUUAGAUUCUAUUCUCUUCCAUUCCAGUUUGGGUUUUUUGGAUCGAUCGAGUGAUGAAGAGAACCGUGAGCGUUUCUUCUCUAGGGGGAGCGAGCAGUGGAUGUGAGAGCCCCAAAAGCGUUCUCGAUUAUAAUCACCAUUGCCGGCAGCACUAUCACCAGAAUCCCAGAUCGAUCGUCACAGAAGCAGUCCCCUGCUCCGCUCCAAGACCAGCUCCACGCGCAAAUCCGAGCUCCAGGCCCGUGGGAUUGGGAUUUGUGGCUGCAUUGGGGGAGAAACACGAGGACCUCUCCAGCGCUGUCCGCCUGACGCGAUCGUCCAUAGCUCGAGCAGCUCAGCAGCGUGCCAGGCCCCAGGACAAAUCAGGAUCUUCGAAUUCGACCGCGCCGAGCUUCCUCCGGUUUUGCUGCCUGUGCAAGAGAGAAAUAGUCUACGGCAGAGAUAUCUACAUGUACAGGGGGAUUCAAGCGUUUUGUAGCUUGGAUUGCCGGGACCAGCAGAUCACGAAUGACGAGAAGCAAGAGCGCAAGAACAGCAAGCCCAAGUCUUCUUCGUCGGGAGUUUACAGUUACUACAAGAAACCAAAUUUGAGAACCAAAGUGACAAUGGUUGCGGCUGCUUGAUCAUCCAAAAUCUUUUGGAAGAGAAAUAUACACGCAUAUAUACAAUAGAAGAAUCAGAUAAUACAAAUAUCAAAAGAAUACUUUCUAGGGCA